AUGCAAGCAUCAGCGACAUUGAUUCACAACCUCAAAGGCCACACUGACGAGGUCGGGCGACUAUUAUUCUCUCCAGAUGGCAAAACGCUGGCUGCUUCCGAUGACUCAAUCAUCACCCUCUGGGAUGUGGAGACUGGUUCUCUACAAAGCAAAACCGAAGAGAUAGACGACAUGUACUUCGAGAUGGCCUUUUCACCAGACAGUAAAUGGAUAGCAGCAGCAUCCGGUGAUGGAAACGGUCGAGUCUGGAGCACGGAGACGGGCGAGUUGGUCCACACCCUGAGCGUUGAGGACGAGCGAAUGCUAUCGUUGGUAUUCUCUGCGAACAGCAGGUCAAUCGCUACCGGUUCUGAGAACCUAAGACUUUGGGAUGUGGCUACAGGAGAAUUACAACACACGCUCUCUGCCCCAGACGACCGAUCAUUAUCCUUCACAGCGGUUGUUGGCUUCUGCGUGUCCGAACACAUCGACAAUCACAGGGAAAGAGUUCUUACGGCUCUUGAAGAUCCUCAAGAAGAUGUCUGGAAGCUUGCCUUCUCACCAGAUGAANAAAUCUUGAUCUCGGGUGCAGAACAGUGCAGUCUUAUGCUUCGAAACGUUGAAGACGGAGAUGUUCUGUUGGAACUCAAGCACCAGGAUGGUGCUAGGGAUCCCUGGAAACCUGAAGGGACUAGAGGUGAUCCUCCGGCGGUUGAGGUCUUGUUUGGUGAUAGUGGAGGAAAGGUCGCUAUUGCAUUCCCUGAUGGUAGUGUCAGGCUUUGGCAGUUGGAUUGGAAAUCGACUUGA